AUGUGGUGUAGCAGAGCAGCAGUUCGGCAGGUUGUGCUCGGGCUCAGAGGAACACAGCGUGCCAUGGCCACGUUACCACGUGUGUACGUCUCCCGUAAAGUGCCACCGCAGGGACUGGACAUCCUACGCAAAUCUGCACAAGUGCAGAUUGAGCUUUGGGACUCGGACGACCCUGUUCCACGGCAGGAGCUUCUGAAGAAGGUGAAAGGUUGUGAUGGACUGCUCUGUCUCCUCACCGAGAAGAUUGACGCUGAAUUGUUGGACAUUGCAGGUCCGAACCUAAAGGUAGUUAGCACGAUGUCAGUUGGGUUUGAUCAUCUUUCACUGGACGAGCUAAAGAAAAGAGGAAUCCGUGUUGGACAUACUCCAGAAGUGUUGACUGAUGCAGUAGCUGAGCUGACCGUUGCCCUUCUCCUCACUACUUCACGAAGACUUAUUGAGGCUGCGCAUGAAGUCAAAAUUGGUGGCUGGGGAACAUGGAGAACUCUGUGGUUGUGUGGUUAUGAGUUGGCCAACAGUACAGUCGGAAUUCUUGGACUUGGAAGGAUCGGACUGGCCAUUGCUGAGCGUCUGAAGCCCUUUAAGGUGAAAAAAUUCAUCUACACCGAUGUAGCGCCAAGACCGGAGCUGGCAGAGGCUAUCCAGGCCGAGUACGUGUCCAUGGACGAGUUGGCCAGAGAGUCUGAUUUCCUGGCGGUGUGUUGUGCUCUGACUCCGGACACUCAGGGCAUCUGCAACAAGGACCUUUUCACCAAGAUGAAGAAUACGUCCAUUUUCAUCAACACCAGCAGAGGAGGUGUGGUGAAUCAGGAGGACCUGUACACAGCAUUAUCUUCAGGCUUAAUUGCUGGAGCUGGACUGGACGUCACUGUGCCAGAACCCUUACCCACUCACCACCCCCUCUUAACACUCAAAAACUGCGUAAUCCUGCCACACAUCGCCAGCGCUUCCUACAGUACGCGGAACGCCAUGUCUGCGCUCGCCGCCAACAACCUGCUCGCUGGACUCCGAGGAGAACCCAUGCCAAAGGAGCUUCAGCUCUAGAACCUGAUUCAGAACCUGCUCAUUAGAACUGCUGAGAAAUGAAUUGAUGAUUUUGGCCCCACAGACAUCAUUCGUAAUGAAACUGUAACCUAAACAUGUUAAACACUGAACAUCUGGUUUAUGUGUUUGUUUGUAAAUAAUUCUGUGGUGUAAGAGCCUGUGACAGUUCAAGUACCCAAGAUUACAGCUAUACAAGCGC